CCGUCUGGGGGCGUGGGCGGGGCUCUGCGGGCAGGCCGGACCUGGAAAGAAGUGGUUCCGUGGUCCGAAUGAGAAGUCCCUGGGUCGUGGAUCGCGAGGUCCGGGGACGCGGGAGCUGGAUCGGAGCGGGUCAGCGGCAUCGGGGACCCGGACGGCGCGGCCGGACUGCAGGCCCCACCAUGGAGCCAGGCAGUGUGGAGAGCCUGUCCAUCGUGUACCAGAGCCGUGACUUCCUGGUGGUGAACAAGCACUGGGACGUGCGCAUUGAUAGCAAGACGUGGAGGGAGACCCUGACCCUCCAAAAGCAGCUGCGGCACCGCUUCCCCGAGCUGGCUGACCCCGGCACCUGCUACGGGUUCAGGUUCUGCCACCAGCUGGAUUUCUCCACCAGCGGAGCUCUCUGCGUGGCCCUGAACAAAACAGCUGCAGGCAGCGCUUACAGGUGCUUCAAGGAGCGGCAGGUCACCAAGGCUUACCUGGCUCUGGUCCGGGGGCACGUCCAGGAGAGCCGGAUAACCAUCAGCUAUGCCAUCGGCAGGAACAGCGCAGAGGGUCGGACCCACACCAUGUGCAUCGAGGGCACCCAGGGCUGUGAGAACCCGAAACCAAGCCUCACGGAGCUGGUGGUUCUAGAACAUGGACUCUAUGCAGGUGACCCCGUCUCCAAAGUGCUGCUGCAGCCCCUCACAGGCCGGACACACCAGCUGCGUGUCCACUGCAGUGCCCUCGGCCACCCCAUUGUGGGGGACCUGACCUACGGGCAGGCCUCGGGACAGGAGGACCAACCGUUCCGCAUGAUGUUGCAUGCCUUCUACCUGCGGAUACCCACCCAGGCCGAGUGUGUGGAGGCCUGUACACCAGACCCUUUCGUGCCCACCCUUGACGCCUGCUGGAGCCCUCACACCCUGGUACAGCCGCUGGACCAGCUUGUCCAAGUCCUGCGGGCUUCCCAGGACCCUGAACCCACACAAGGGGGCCCUGGGCCCUGCAGCCCCUCCACGCACCUGCCCGGGCCAGGCCGGCCCCCACCGCCCCCUCCCCGUCCCCCGGAGACAGAGGCUCAGCGGGCCUCAUAUCUUCAGUGGCUGUCAGAGUGGACACUGGAGCCAGACAACUGAGAGUGUGGGCCUGAUGUUUGGGUGAAGACUGGAACCUCCAGGUGGACGGGGACUGCGGGCCAGAACCCUAAGCCUAUCCGGAGGCGGAGGUGUCCCAGCCACAGAGCACUGACCCCACCCCAACUGUAGCAGCCAAACCUGAAGAGGGACCCACGGCCAGCAGGGGGAGCCAGGCCGCCACGAUUAUGGAAGGAUGAACUCAGCGUGGUAGGACCAGCCCCCCCAAAAGGAACCAAGGCCUGCCGCUCCUCCCCAGACACCUUUCGGACUCCAAAGCUCUACCCCCAGGGCUUGUCUGUAGUCGUGCCCCGGGGUUGCCCUGGAAAAGGACCCGGCCGGCCCUUGCUGGGCCCCUUGUUCACCCCCCGAGCACCUGGCUCCUUUACUCUGUUCAGACCCUCUGCCGUCACCCCAGCUUGGCUGAGCCCGCUCCACCUGCAAACCCUGACUGGUCCCCUGCCCGGCCAGUCCUGCUUUGUGCCUUGGCUUCUGCCGACCUCUGCCCAUGGGUCUCCCCCCUCCACCCACAUCCUAAUCAUCACACAUGGGGGUGGGUCGGGGCCGUCCCUUCUGGCCUGAUGUAAGUGCUCUGGGGGGGCCUCCCACACAGCCCCUGGAUAUCAGACCUUAGCCUAGGAGCAAGGGCAGCCCAGCUCCCGCCUUCUCUGUCCCCUACAACACGCCCACAUCAUUCCAGCUGCCGCAGGGCUCCAGGAUUUAGAAUAAAGGCUCAGUGACUAACCCUGUGAA